GGUCUGCCUUAGAAGCGGAAGUAGCGCCUGGCUUUCAAACGGAUUAAUGCGUCCCCCGUUUCUUCGGAUACACGUUGUGCUGCGAAUUCGCUUCGAGAUUGCAGGGCACACUGGCUGAGGAAUCCUGGGAGUUGAAGUCCACAAGCCAUAAAAAGGGCCAAGUUUGAAGACCCCCGAUCUAGCUGAUUGUGGCUUACGUGAUGGAAUGGAAUGGAAGUGAAAGAGCCUCAAGUUCCCAGUCUCAAGAAAGCAGCCUGUUGGACUUGCCCGGUGACAUAAAUCCUGAAAGCUUUCUAUUGAAGCCAAACCCUGAGGAAGAUGAGGCAUUUGAUUUAACGCUACCAGCAAUUGACACAGAGUCCAUCAGUCAAUUUUUCCCAGGGCCAGCUGCCAAAGCCAACAUCACUUUGUGGCCUUGUCUCUACGAGAGGAGGGAGCCCACCAGCUGCGAGAACACGGAACAGCUUCAACGGAGCGAAACUGAGGUUCCUGAGCAAAGGAGAGAAAGAGAAUCCACCCUUAGAAAAUCUCUGGACACAUUCUACAGUACUUUGUGCCAGAAGAAGCCAUGUGGGAGGAGUCCAAUAUAUGAAUCAACUUCACAGUGUCUGUCCCUUAAGGCUGCAGAUCUUGCAGGCAAAGAGGGAAUGAAAUUUACAGUGAAGAAUCUCCAAAUUGCUCAAAUGGUUUUGAACAGAGAGGAGAAUAAAGUCUUUCCUCAGCCUCCCAGCAACCACUUCUGCCUUUUGACUCCCGACAGUGCCGUUGCUAAUUCAGAGAAAGGAAAAGCAAUCCCUGGACUCUCAGAUGAUGUGUUUCGAUUUAUUUUAAAACAGAAUGUACCGAAAUGAUGCUGGGCCUGAGCGUAUUUCUAAAAUCUAAGAAUUGAUCAGAUUACUUUAGCUAGGGAAUGAAUUGUUAACAACCACUUGACAAAACAAAGAAUAUAAAGAAGGCACGAUUAAAUUGUAAAAUGCCAUAAAUUUUAAUUAUUCAGUGAUUUGAGAGUAUGUUUUCUGUAGGCAAAAAAAGCUUGAGACUCAGACUUAAUUAUGUCCAAUAUUAAUAAUUCUCUUUCUUCUAAAAAUAGAACUGAAUUUGAAAAUGUUCUGUUUGAAAACUAACAGGCUUUCAGGUUAAAACGUAAGCCUAGAAAUAAUUGCUUGUACUUCUAAAUGAAUUCAUGAGAAUAGAUAAGCUUUGCAAAGAAUGGCCUUCUCUUAAUGGAGAAACCAGCAAUAUACUAUGUGGGCUGCUGAUGCAAUUCAUUACGAUCUUAAAUGAAUUCCUUUUUGUUUAUCCUAUGUUGCUUAGGAAUAAUAGGAGUCUAAAUUCACCAUCUAUAAGAGGACAGGUUGCUCUCCUUGUGCUAAAUAGAUUAACCUGCUAACCUCCUUACCUUGGAACUCUACAUCUUUUGUAAUUUUAUAAUAUUGUUUUACAUAGCUUUUUUAAAAAAUUUGAAUCUUAAAUUAUUCUGCUUUCAAUGCUUAAUUUUAUUGAUUAAAUUCUACACUGCCCAGGGCUACUCUCUAAGGGAGAUGGGCAGUUAAGAAUUGUGAAAUAUAAAUAAACCUAAUUCAUAUUUUGGAAUGUGUGCAUAGAAAGAGGUCUCCCUUCUGCUCCUGGGAAAAUAAUUGAUUUUGCUGUUUUAAAAUUUGCUGCUCGAAUACUGAGUGCUGUGUUUCAGGCAUGCAUCAGUUCACAUUAUAUAAAUUGGAGAUAUUAUACAGUACAUCCUCUUCCUUUUCAUACUUUGUAGACAGCAUAAAUACGCUGAUGAACCACAUGAUGUACAGUAAGAUCCAGGGAAUGGCCCAUGGAAAGGUGUUUCUAUGUAUUUUUAUGCGCAAGAUCUUGUUGAAUCUGAUGCAUUCAAGAAUAUUAGUAAAGGAGAAUAUUUGUAGCUCAGGGUUGACAUGAGGGCUCCUUGAUGCUCUCUGAGUUUCUUGCAGACUAGGCACUAGCACUGAUGAUGUUACCUAGUUUGAGUAAUGAAACGUCUGCAGGAAAGCUCAGAGAGCAAAAAGGACCCCUCAUUCAAGAACAUCACAUUAAAAGGAACCCAAAAGCUUAGACUAUCACCUUUUCCACUGAUAACAGUUCCACUGAAUAGCUUUCUGGCCCCUCUUUUUUCCACAACUUUAUUGAUAAAAUUAGCUCUAAAUUAGAACCCAGAAAAGCUGACUGCAAAAGCAAGUGCCUUUUAAAAACCUUUCCUUUUUGCCUUCAUAAUAGGAAUGUCUUUUUUUUUUUAGUGAGGUAUCUUGGGGCUAUCUACCUGAACAAUUUUAAUAGCAGCCAAUAGAUUUGUAUCAACAUAAAAUACCCCUGUGAAGGCUAUUUUGGCUGUUGGAUUUCAGUGUUAUUCUAUUUGUUCUGGGAGGUCUAUUUUAAAGAGACAGUGGUGUUCAGCUUACUGGCUCAUACAAAGAGUUUAUUUGAGUUUUACACUUAUAGUUCAUUUUUCUUAGGGCUGCUGUACCUCAGCUUUGAGAAUACAACUUCUAGAUGAGAGACUUUGGUAUGUGUGUGUGUGUGAGAGAGAGGGGUAUUUCUUUGCUGGCAUCUAAUGGUGUUCUGGUUCUUGCAACCCAGAUACUAUACAGUACCUUUCAAACCCUUACAGUUUAGGGCUUGAGUCAAGGAUAACAUACUCUGAUAACCGUUUCUUCCAGAAAUCUCUUAACUAAGUUAUCAUCCUUGUCAGGCUUGAUAGGUAAUGACUGAGAGGAGGUCCUUCUUGAUAGUGGCAAUCUGCUGGAGAUUUGGAUACCAUUACAAUUUCACAAUUCUGAAUUCAACAGUUCAGCCCCUCCCCUAUUCUCCAACAAAGCGAUGCUUUGUAUUUUCAAGAUGUAGCAGAACUGAGGUAUUAUACUCAUUGGGCUCACUUGUUAGGCCUUACUAACAGAGAAUGGAAUACUUUUCCAAAUUUGUUUCAAUUGUGUUGCCAAAAAAAAUUAAUGUCAAUUUUAUUAACAAACUCCAUCAUUCUAAUGGUAUAAAUGGCCCUCUUACUGUUUAUAAAAAGAUAGAGAAGUUAACAUUAAAUCAGAUUUCUUCAAGAUGUAUAAAUCUGUAAAAAAUAUUUGUGAGAUAAUAAGUUUAAAAUAGAUAUAGAAAUAUUAUUUAUAUAUUUAGGUUUCCAAUAUCCAAAAUAGGAAAUGACUACAGAAUUGCUUCUUAUACUCACAUUUACUUAUAUUAAGAGUGCAUUAUAUUAUGCUGGAGAUGGUGCAGAUUAUCACAAAUGGUGGUUUUUGUCCUUUUGGUCUCAAAUACUGUAGAGGAUCAAUGUAGUGUACCUUUGUACCUAAAGAGAGAACUGUAUUUUCCACUCAGGAAUAAAUAAAAACUUAUUUAUUACACUA